GUAGGUUAUUGCUGUGGUUUGAUAAUAAGGCUUUAGCAGCGCUGCUCUUGUAGCAAGUGGACUCCAACGCCUCUUAAUCUCUAAACACAGAAACACUAUGAACCAAGAGAAGCUUGCCAAACUUCAAGCCCAGGUCCGGAUAGGAGGAAAGGGAACAGCCCGCAGGAAGAAAAAGGUGGUUCACAAAACAGCAACAGCUGAUGACAAAAAACUGCAGGGCUCACUGAAGAAACUGGCAGUGAACAACAUUGCAGGAAUAGAAGAGGUGAAUAUGAUAAAAGAUGAUGGAACAGUGAUUCACUUCAACAACCCCAAAGUUCAGGCGUCUCUCUCUGCCAACACCUUCGCAAUCACGGGCCACGCUGAGACCAAGCAGCUGACAGAGAUGCUCCCGGGCAUCCUGAGCCAGCUGGGAGCCGACAGUCUCAGCAGCCUGCGCAAGCUGGCGGAGCAGUUCCCACGACAAACAAUGGACAUGAAAGCCGUCAAGGAGGAAAAUGCAGAAGAGGACGACGAUGACGUACCAGAUCUUGUGGAGAACUUUGAUGAAGCCUCAAAGAAUGAAGCAAACUGAAUUAUCUUUUUCAUUUUUCCUCCCCCGUCAUCUAUAAUUUUUUUUGGUUAAACCUCUUGCGGACUCACAAAGGGCAUUUCCCCUUGCAGGGAAACAGUUGGUAAAGGUGCAGUGCAUCAUGUGCAGAAACUUGAACUAUUUCAGGUUUGCCUGCUGCAACAGCACAGUGGCAACAUGCAGAAAGGUUUUGAUUUUGAUACACGUUGAUUUUGUGGAAACAUCUGUUUAACACAACACCAAAAGGACUCAAACUGCUUUGCAAAUACGUUCUUGUGACUUAACAAGACUGGUAUUUAAGAGAUUCUUUAUUAAAUUACCAUUAAACUGAAUGGAUGAUUCAUUUAGCUUUAUAUUGAUUAUGAAAAUUUUAAGAAAAUAUUUUUCAGCUUUGAAAACCACAAAUUAUACCGAUUUUGCUCCAUCUCUACACAUCUCUGAGUUAACAGAUAACCGAGUGGUUUACACUUUUCAGAAGGGCAAAUACAAUAAUGUAAUCUUUGCUCAAGUCAUUUCAGAUACAUUUGCUCGUUUGUGAUGCUGCUUAUGUGAGAGAACAUCCAACUGCAGUCAUGUGGGAAAAUUUGCAGAUAACUUCAGUGUAAAAGAAAAAUGGAAACAGAAUAAAAUGCACAUACUUUACGAUGUCUGUUAAUUGCGGGGGAUCCUGGAUUAGUGGGUGUAGUUGUUAUCUACCAGUUGGAAGAGUGGUGGCCCUUUUUGUUUAGGUGUCACGUGAGAAGCACAUCUAAUGUGCUUUGCAGAGCCUAGAUAAUGUCCAGAUAAUUUAUCAGCACAUUCAUGCAAACCAACUUGAAAGUAAGAAACAUCGUUCAAGUUUGAGUGCAGGACAGAAACCUUUACAUUUUUAUCGUCUCAAAUUCUUUACUAUGACAGUUAAGGGGUUAACUUUGCAAGUGACAACUGAGUUCAAACAAGUGUUACCCACAAAGCAUAAAAGUUAAUAUACAGAGCAUUAUAGUUUUAAUAUUAGUCAAAAUUGAUCAUAUUUUAAUUGUCAUAAACUAAUUCCAUCUAUUCUGUUGACAGAUUCAAAAAUUGCAUAACUGAAUGCCUUCACUGUUUCACAUUAAUUCAUUAUCUAAAAAAUAAACAGCUUAGUUCAUAUCAGUAGCAAUUACUAUUCUGUUAAUAUCUUAGCAGGUACAUUUUAUCAGUUUAUUUCUUUAGUUUUUAACCUAAAAAUUACUUUUAAGAUAUGUAUACAUGAUGAAAUGUUAGUGAAGUUUACCGCAAACUGUAUCACAAUGGAGAUGCCUGAGUGAAUUUAAAAAGUACUCAAACUUUAGGCAAUAAAUGUUUCAUCAUAAGUCA